GAAAUAACGGCGCUUUCGCAUGUAUAUAAAUAGACAAUGGCUUCCACAUACGAGGGAGGACCGAAUACUUAGCCAUGAAGUCGUACUACGAGCUCCUUGGGCCUGGAAAGCCUACCAGAACCGUGUUGACAGUCACAUGUUUAUUUUCUUUCAUUCUGUAUGGAUUUGAACAAGGUGCCCUGGCCAACAUCCAAAAUCACCCCGUGUUUCAAAGCCAAUUUGGCCAUCCCUCGGGUAAUUACUUGGGAAUCAUUGUGUCUGUGUACAACCUUGGAAGUUUCUUCGGUUGUAUGAUCAACUUCUUCAUAGGCGAUAAACUGGGCAGAAGAAAAACUGUCUGGGCCGGUUUCACGCUUGUCAUCAUUGGAAUUAUCUUGCAGACCAGCAGUUACAGCGUCGUUCAGCUAUUCUUUGGCAGAUUCAUUUCUGGUCUGGGAACAGGAAUGGAAACUAGUACCGUGCCUAUGUUCCAGGCUGAAGUUGCCAGCGCCCACAAUCGUGGUGGUCUCGUUGCGGCCGAGCCUCAGGGUGUGGCUCUCGGUAUCUCGAUCUCAUACUGGAUCGGAUACGGCUGCAGCAAAAGAUACGAUGAGACGUCGUGGAGACUUCCAGUGGGAAUUCAGAUGCUAUUUGCCGUUUUUGCCUGGUUUUUGUUGUUCCUGUGUCCUGAGUCACCUAGAUGGCUCAUGAAGAAAGGACGAGUUGACGACGCCAGAAACUGUCUUGCACGGAUCAACGACGUGCCUAAGGACGAUCCUCUCGUGAACAAAUGUAUUGACGACAUCCUGUACCUGCAAGAGGUUGAAGGUGAGGGAGACCAGAUCAGCUGGUGGGACAUUCUGCGUGGCAGGGACGCCAUGCACGGCAGAUACAGACUUUUCCUGUGUGUCAUGGCACAAUUCUGGAACCAGUUUGGAGGUGUGAAUCUUGUGGUGUACUACGUGCCGUUGGUGCUUGAGACUAACGUGGGAAUGGACACCAAUAUGUCGACGAUCCUUGGAGGCUGUAUCAUGGUGACGUUCUUUAUUUUCGGGUUUAUUCCAUCUCUGUGGCUCGACAGAAUUGGACGCAGGUUUGCUCUGAUUGGUGGCUCUCUAGGACAGAUGGUGUCCAUGAUGAUGAUCACCAUUCUGUUGAGAGUGGGAUCCAAGAGUACCUCUGCUGCUGCAGUCGCCUUCUUCUUCACGUUCAUGGCGUUCUUUGGAGCUGCCAUGAACUGUGUGCCCUGGGUGUAUGUGUCGGAGAUUCUUCCGUUGCAGCUCAGAUCCAAGGGUAAUGCCAUUGGAAUUUCGUCGAACUGGAUCAUGAAUUUCGUGAUCGCCAUGAUUACGCCGAUUGUCACCGAGAACCUGGGCUGGAAAACCUACAUCAUCUUCACGUUAACCAACGGUGCCGCUGCGCUGAUGUUCUACUUGUUCUGUCCAGAAACCGGUAACCGGACGCUGGAAGACAUUGAGUCCAUUUUCCUGAGCCAGAACACACUGUUCUACGGAAUCAGUCACUUUGACAAACCUGUCGCCAACCUAGACGAAAAGCCCGAAAUCAUGCACCUCGAGACCGCCAGCAAGCUGCUCGAAAGCAAUUGAUGGAGCACUUACAUUGCGCAAGCCUUACCAGUUGUGUCAUAAUUCAAAGAUUGUUUUCAAUAAGAUUUCAGUAAAAUAUUUUGGGCUUGGGAGGCCGUCUUGGACGACUUGUGUUGGAACAAGAUCACUGUAUAAUGGGACGGUUCCAUCACGGGGUACUCAAAACUGACCAGCCUUAGAAACAAACAUUCCUGUCAUUUCAGAUCGCAGCGCGAACUGGGAACCGCUGCUCAAUUGUAGCCAAUGCAUGCUCCUGGUCAUGUGUGAUUCUUCAUUACUGAGUUUUAGACAAGAUUCGAUGUUUUGGCCCCAAACUUCGCUAUCAAGCGUAAUUUGUCGAUAACCAGGUGGUACCAACUUAACUAUUCAGAUCUGAUGGGCUCAAUCUGGUCCCAUAUAUGGGUAGACACCGGGCUAAGGGCUUAAAUAUUCAUUUGAU